AUGGACAUUUCUAAAGCUCUUCACAAGGUACAGGGAACAUAUGAACAACUUAAAACAGUUGUCAGAGACUUUGAUUCUAUACAGAUUUCUGCAACAUCAGAAAAUUUGUGUUCCCAACUGGCAAAUUUUGCAUUGCAGUGGGAGAGGCUGAAGACAUCACCCCUAGAAGAAUAUAGGAUUAUAGAAGAUAUACAUAUAGAAGACCAGGAAAGUAAUUUAGCGGAUACAGAAUUGAUGAACAUGUCUUGCAAGGCAUGUAAGAACUGUGCUGUUUGCUGCUAUCAGAUUCUACAGCUCUAUAAUUUAUUAACUGAUGCCUACAAUGUCAUUGGUGUAGCCUACAAAUUUCUGCUUACACUGUCUUUCACUCAAGUUGCCUGUGAAAGAAGCUUCUCCACAUUGAAUUUUAUUAAGACCCGUCUAAGAAGUUCUCUAUCUCAGGAACAUUUGAGCUCUUUGAUGCUGAUGGCAACUGAAAAAGAUAUAUUAAUGAACCUUGAUUUUGACGACAUAAUUGACAGGGUUUCAAAAACCAAUGAACUUCUACGAAACUUGCUGAAUCCGUAG